CAAACAAAUUCUAAAAUGGUAGUAAGUCAUCGCAAGGAUGAUGAUAAACUACCGCCUUCUUUCCAACUUCCACAGAAACUAAGGAGAAUUUUGCAGAGAGCAGUGGCCUAAGCAAUUUUACCUAUGUUUUUCAAGUUGUGUUACUGUGGCAGAUUCUUUGACUUUUACUUCCAUUAUAUUUCAGACUUUUAGUGAGAUCCAGUGGGGUCAAUUAGGUCAUGUGAUACUUUUAGGAACUUUUUAGUUGUUUUAGAUUUGACCUAAACUCCUAUAGGGCAGCAGAAGUUUGAGUUUUUCAGUGAACCGAACCUUAGAGUAGAAGUUCUGCCAGAUUUUCAUGCGUGGUUGGGUAUAUAUUUGUCAAACAAUGUACUUUGCUGACAAAUUAGUGGUUGUUAUGGUGGAGGGCUCUGUCAGAUAAUGUUGGACAGGCAUCAACUGGAUUGGACACAAGUAGUCCAGGAAGUCUGUAAUGCAUUGGCCUGGAAACAUAAUGUGUUCUUUAACUGUCACCACACACAGCAAUAUAUAGGGUAGCUUAUUCAUGAUUUUUUAAGAUAAGUGCGUUGUCUUUUGCCUAAAGUGUAUUGCAUUCUUGAUGACUUGAUGCAAAGUUGGCUUUUUAUAUGUGUCCUCAAAAUUAAAAGUAAUUUCUCCUCUCUUCAUCUUGUCUUUGCAAUGUAGAAAUGAUGUGGGAAAUGCAGAGAAUAAAUCUGUAUAACUGGAAUUGGAAUAGCAUCAUGCUCUUUGAGCUUGUUUGGUGUAUUCCUUUUAGGUAUAGAAGUUCCGAUGGCAGUAGUGAUGAAAUUUCAGAUAAAGUAGUGGAGGUGCUUAUGAUUGACACACCUAGUGGACCGGGCCUUUUGUUCCCAAAGGGAGGCUGGGAGAAUGACGAGACAGUGGAGGAGGCUGCUGUAAGGGAAGCUAUUGAAGAAGCGGGUGUUCGUGGUGAACUUAUGGGUUUCUUGGGAGACUAUCAUUUCAAGAGUAAAACACAGCAAGAUGAGUUUAGUCCAGAUGGAUUGUGUAGAGCUGCAAUGUAUGCAUUACUUGUCACUGAGGAGCUUGAGUGCUGGCCGGAGCAGAACACAAGAAACAGAAGUUGGGUGACCAUACCUGAGGCAAUUGAAAAAUGCAGGCAUGCAUGGAUGACGGAUGCCCUUGUCAUUGGUUUUAACAAAUGGCAUGCAGAAAAUACUAGUGAUGAAUAACUUAAAGCUUCAUAUCCGUGCAAUGUAUGCGCAUUACGAAGUAUCGUGCAUGCCAACGAACAUCUAGAGGAUUGUUUUCGAGUCUCUUUUCCCAUCCUCAACCAAUCAUGAAGAAUCAAAUAGUAGAACUAACACUGAGGAUUACAAAGGCAAUGUUUUUGGUUGCUCAUUUAUACAUUUAACCCUUAUGUUUUUAAUUUGGAGGGAAUUCAAUCCUUAUAUAAGCACUUGGUCAAGCUUCCAUUGAUUUACAAAUGUAUUUCAAAUUUUCUUAUUCAUUUACAAGUGUGAUGAAUUACAUGCCAUGAUUUAAUAUGGUAUAUUGGAGGAAUAUGAAGUCAGAAAGUUGUCAAAGGUAAAUUGGUGGUUGAUUGAUUUUUCUCUUCCAACUAAAUAGAUUGACAAGUCAUUC